CAGAGCUUAUCCAACUUUGUCAUUUUUGAACAGUCUGUUCGCUAACCAUCGGACCGGCGGACCCUAAGUAACCCCUCGACUGUCUGUUAUGCACCGAUUCUUCGUCGUCUUGGGGAAAAAUUAUCGAUUGUUUUGGCGUGGAUGGAUACAAACACUUUUUGUCUGCAUCCUCCCGAUUUUGCUAUCCUGUACCUUGAUAUUUCUUCGGAAUCAGUCCACAAGAAAAAUUGUACCGUCAGCGAUUCACUGGAGGGAUUUCCAUCUAGAUGAUUUGCCUCUGCCCCCUCCGAAAUCGGCCGAUUUAUGGACGCUUGCCUACGCACCGAACACAUCACUGUGUAAUGAAAUUAUCGCGACGUUUGCUCCAGGGUUGUCGCUAGUUCCCCUAGGCUUUCCUUCGGAGGAUCUGUUGUUGGAUUUUAUACGCACGGCUGAUCCACGUGUUGAAAGUACACUGGGAGCUGUAUUGUUUGACGAAUCUUCACAUUUACUGAACAUGUCCUACACAAUAAGGUUGAGAAACGGUGUAGAGUGGUCGACUUCUUCGCUUUAUCCCAAGUUCGCUGAGGGCAAACCUCGGACCUUCGAACGCUAUGGUUCGCCUCCUGAUUACUAUCCUUCUGGUUUCCUAUCUCUCCAGCUGGCGAUUGAUCGUUCUAUAACCAGGUUGCUGUGUGGUAAUGAUGAGCCGGGAGCGUUCGUAGACGUCAAUCUCAAACGAAUGCCGUAUCCACCGUAUCUAGAUGACGGUUUUAUUCCGGUCAUUCAACGGCAGCUAGCAUUUGUUAUUGUCCUCGGUUUCAUGUUCCCUGUGUUACACGCGGUUCGUUCGGUUUUGACUGAGAAACAAAGGCGCAUCAAAGAGACAUUAAAAAUGCUUGGCGUGAGCAACGGAACCUAUUGGUGCUCUUGGUUUCUCGCCUAUUUGUCUCUGUUUAUGGUUGUGUGUGUUGCUCUUACGGCGGUGCUGUGUGUUAAUUUCUCCUCCAAUGGACCGUUGUUGACUUCUUCCAACCCGUUUUUGAUAUUCAUGUUGCUCUUCAUCUACGCCUAUAGCCUGCUCACAUUCGGGUUUGCCGUAUGUAGCCUAUUCAAUUCACCUCAUACGGGAACGGCAAUCUGUUGUGCUGUACUGAUUGCGAUCUGCUUGCCAAGUGCUGUAUUAGAUGAGCACUACGAGGAGCUGAAUUUGGCGACCAAGGUGAUCUGUUCCUUCCUACCCAGCGUUGGAAUGGGGUUCGUAUGUCUCCUCAUUGGUCAAUUUGAAGGAAUCGGCGUCGGAGUACAGUUCUCCAACCUAUUCACACCAGCCAAUCCAGGCGACAAUCUGUCGCUGCACAUUCUCUGGAUGGUCUUGCUUGUCCAGGGCAAACUAUUUAUGCUCAUCGCUCUAUAUGUGGAUGCUGUCUGGCCUGGAACAUACGGUGUUCCCAAACCUUGGCACUUCCCCUUCACAUGUCUGUGCAGACGCAAACCCACCGUUUCAAUUACGCUGGAUCCCGAUGCGGACAAUGAACCUGAUCUGGCUGACAUCACUUUGGGGCGCCAUCCACUUUCUGGGCACUCGGUCGUUGAACAAGGUGAUGCUGUUGGGAAGACGGAGGCGGAGAAUACGCUUCCAAGUGAAACACACAUUUCACCCGACUCUUGCGGUCCAACCCCGUCGACAUCUGCCUGUCCUCGUCCCUGUUACGAUGAGGAUUAUAUUGAAGCUGAACCAGUUGGACUUCCCAUUGGUAUUGCACUAAAGCGUAUUCGUAAGGUUUAUCGGUCGAAAAACACAACCACAGUUGCCGUAUCCGGAUUGACAAUGAAUGUGUUCCAGGGACAGAUCACUGUGUUGCUAGGACACAACGGAGCUGGAAAGACUACCACAUUGUCUAUAUUGACCGGCCUCUAUCCACCGACUAGUGGAACGGCAUUCGUCAGCGGACAUGACAUUCGAACCGAUAUAGAAGGGGUUCGGCAGCAUUUGGGCUUCUGUCCUCAACAUGAUGUCUACUUCAAAACGCUCACCGUCGAGGAGCACCUGCAACUGGUUGCCCGUCUCAAAGGUUUUCAUGGCAGGGCGCUGGACGAACAGGUAACAAACAUACUUCAUCAAACUCACUUGACACACAAACGUCAUGCCUACACCGUGGCCCUUUCUGGCGGGAUGCGACGUCGACUAUCCAUAGGUAUGGCGCUCAUAGGCGACUCAAAGGUUGUCAUUCUGGACGAACCAACAUCGGGCCUUGACCCAGAAGCCCGUCGUCAAGUAUGGGCGAUUCUACAGGCCCAACGCGCUGCACGAACCCUAUUGGUCACCACUCACUAUAUGGAUGAGGCAGAUCACCUAGGUGAUAGGAUUGCAAUCAUGUCUGCUGGCAAACUACGGUGCUUUGGUUCACCGUUAUUUUUGAAAGCCAAAUACGGUGCCGGGUACUUGUUGACUAUAAUGAAAUCAACAGACACCGAGUCUAGUUAUCUCCUAUCUCAGGUACAGCAGCACGUCAAAGGAGCGCAAAUACGUAGUGAUCAGGGCGACGAACUGAAAUUUCUGCUGCCUUUGGAAGCCGUUGAUACAUUCUCGCCCCUUUUCUCAAAUCUGGAGACAAACAAGGCGCAGUUGGGCAUCCAAAGUUUCGGUGUAUCUGUGACGACUAUGGAAGAAGUGUUUUUGCGGGUCAGUGAGCGAGAUUUUCAAGACAAGGAGUCUGCACAUCCGUUUUCAUCAUGUCAAAGCGAAACUGGUAGUACUCUCACUGACUUUCCAACAGUUUCCGUGCACCAAGCCUAUGGUGCUUUUUCAGAUACAGACGUUCAAGAGUUCCGGCACUUUGGGGCUGCCCUAUUCUGGCAACAACUUUCCGCGUUGCUCACCAAACGUUGCAUCUAUAUGCUACGUCAUCCCGUGGUCAUACUUAGCCAGUUCUGCAUUCCCUUCACUCUAUGCCUGAUUGCAUUGUUCAUCUUCCGUCAUCUUACGACCAUGACACAUUCGGAUGAUCCCUGUCUAGCACUCUCACUAGCACCGUACGGUAGUGGAUUGAUUGUGACAUUCGCCAAUGAGGCGAAUGAUACGUCCUCAGACGCUUCCGCCUCAAUAUCCGAGCAGAUGCUGUGGGCUUACAACUCCCAAUUUGAUACCGGUCAGGUUCGCACUCGUCGUAUGGUGCCGGCACAAACGUACGAGGAGGAUUUACUUGCAGAAACCGGUGAGGCAAAAGUCUUCGAAUAUCGUGCCAAGUAUAUCAUUGGUCUGGUAGUUCAGUCCUCACAACACGAGAACAACGAUACAUCUUCCAUCUCGUUACGUGGCUAUUUCCAGGGUGAAUCUUUCCACUCUGCGCCUGUUGCAUUGAACGCAUUGAGUAAUGCUGUUUUGCGGCUACUUUCUAAUCGCUCAUCGGAGCACCCAGCGAAUGAUACGUCCUCAGACGCUUCCGCCUCAAUAUCCGAGCAGAUGCUGUGGGCUUACAACUCCCAAUUUGAUACCAGUCAGGUUCGCACUCGUCGGAUGGUGCCUGCACAAACGUACGAGGAGGAUUUACUUGCAGAAACCGGUGAGGCAAAAGUCUUCGAAUAUCGUGCCAAGUAUAUCAUUGGUCUGGUAGUUCAGUCCUCACAACACGAGAACAACGAUACAUCUUCCAUCUCGUUACGUGGCUAUUUCCAGGGUGAAUCUUUCCACUCUGCGCCUGUUGCAUUGAACGCAUUGAGUAAUGCUGUUUUGCGGCUACUUUCUAAUCGCUCAUCGGAGCACCCACACGUUUUAGUCUCCAGAACGCACAAGCAGGUGGAACGUUCUCAGCUCUUUCCCGUCGAACCAAAAUUCUGGUGCUCUCUUACCGACCGGAAGGUCCGUGGUUCGAACCCGAUCUCUGCCUCUCGACUUCCCCUAUCUAGGCCUGGGCAAGCUGGCAGUAUCCCAGCCUGGUGCCCCCUAUGUAUGGCAUGGCAGCUAGGGACCGAAAGGGCACUACAGCUGAACGAUUUUUUUGAACCCGAAUUGACCUUCGAAUGUCCGAACAUGCCCGUUAUUACCAAAACCCCACCUCGCAUCUCGACGUUCAACCAACCUUUGCCGAGGACCGUGUCCGAACAAGCGAAGCGGUUGAACACCACUGAUGGGCUGCUGAUGACAUUGAUAGCUGGGUUUCCGUUCGUCUCGAAUGUGCUGUUGGCAUUGUCCUAUUUAGCCGCGACGUUUGCACUACCGCUUAUCUACGAGUACACCACGAAUGCCAAACAUUUGCAAUUUGUUUCUGGAGUCAAGCUCCUCCCUUAUUGGUUGUCGAACUACCUGCUGGACAUGCUUACGUUUCUUGCCGUGUGUGCAUCCAUCGUGGCUACUUUUGCAAUUUUCAAUCUCGAGGAAUUCGACACUCACAGUCGCCUAUAUCUGGUCGCUCUGCUGCUGCUCGCCUUUGCCUGGGCUAUACUUCCCCAAAUGUACUUACUGUCACGUUUUUUCAAAUCUCCGACAUCCGGCCUGGUUUGGAUAACCGUCUACAAUGAGUUCAGUGCUGCGAUCGGUCUGCUAACCGUAGCAAUCCUUUGUCAUCCCGCCGUGCAUCAGCAAUCGUUGUCCUACUCGCUGGAACGCGUUUGGAUUAUUCUGUCACCCACAUUCAGCGUUUCCGAUGGUCUGUUUAUCGUGUUUGACAACUACGUUUUCCGUCGCCUCUGCGACAGUCCGGAGAUGGAAUUCUUCUGUCACUUGACGAAAUCUACGAUGCCCUGUUGUUUAAAAACCUGCAAACCGUUCUGCGCCUAUUGGACUGUACGCGAGUUGUCUUUCGACCGCGGAGCAAUCGGUCUCAAUCUGUAUGCGUUAAUCUUUCAAGGUCUGUUUUUCAAUAUCCUCGUCUUAUUCCUGGAUAGCAUGGCAGCACAACGUCUACAGCUGUGGGUGAGAUCAAAAACCUGCAAACCGUUCUGCGCCUAUUGGACUGUACGCGAGUUGUCUUUCGACCGCGGAGCAAUCGGUCUCAAUCUGUAUGCGUUAAUCUUUCAAGGUCUGUUUUUCAAUAUCCUCGUCUUAUUCCUGGAUAGCAUGGCAGCACAACGUCUACAGCUGUGGGUGAGAUCAAUCUGUGCUCGUAUGCUCAGCAUCCUGCUUGGCUGUGGAAAGUGUGCGGGUACCAAACGCUGUAGUUUGGCCUCUUCUAACUCGGAGUUAACUACUUUGGCCUUAGAGGAUGAAGACGUGCGGCAGCAUCGUCAUUUGAUCGAAUCCAUGCCUCUGGGUCGUCUAACAGAUCAAACUAGUCUCGUCCUCCGUCACGUUACAAAAACCUAUGGACCCGUUAUUCCUGGUCGACAGUCACAUCGAAAACCUGCUGUGGACUGUCUGACCUUGGCCGUACUACCCGCCGAAUGUUUUGGUCUGCUGGGAGUCAACGGCGCUGGAAAAACCACAGCUUUUCGGAUGCUGACCGGCGAUCUCGAUCCGACUGAAGGAGAUAUAUUUGUAAAUGGAUUUGAACUGAAAAAAGAUUUGCGAAAGGCUCAACAAUGCAUGGGCUACUGUCCCCAGUUUGACGCCCUUCUACCUUACCUUACCGGUCGUGAGACGUUACAGCUGUACGCCCGAUUGCGUGGUAUACCAGAAGGCUAUGUGAACGUCGAAGUCAACCAGCUUCUUCAUGAUAUGCGCUUGUCGCACCAUGCAAAUGUUCUAGUGGCACACUACAGUGGUGGGAAGCGACGUAAAGUCAGUGUGGCAGUGGCUUUGGUUGGUGGCACGCCAAUUGUAUGCCUGGACGAGCCAACCACUGGUGUCGACCCCGUAUCCCGUAGAUGUGUAUGGAAUCUGCUGCUUCGUUGUCGUCGCCAAGGCCGCACAUUAGUCCUCAGUUCACACAGUAUGGAGGAAUGCGAAGCGCUUUGUUCCCGUGUGAGCAUCGUCGUCAAUGGGCGUCUCAAAUGUUUGGGCACUUGUCAGCAUUUGAAGUCGCGCUUCGGUCGGGGCUACAGUCUCACCAUGCAAGUCGCUCCUUCAUUUGAGCAUCCGACCGAUUCUUCCAAUUUAUCGCUUGUUGGUGGCUGCAUGACCGACAGCACGACUAUCAGCUUGACAGAGGAGUUGAAUCUCAUUCGACAGAAUGCCAUGGAUGAAGCAGUGCUCUCGGUCACUCGAUUUGUUGAUGAGCAUUUCCCAAAUGCGCGUCUUGUUGCUCGUCAUCAGGGUGUGCUCCAGUACCACUUGCCAAUGUCUUUGUUAGAGGACCUGAAUCUUAGCGGGAUAUUCCACCUGAUGGAGUCCAAUAAGAUUCGCCUUGGUUUGAUCAACUACUCAGUUAGUCAAACCACCCUUGAGCAAGUCUUCAUCGACUUGGCCAAACUUCAAGAAGAACACAAUGAAAAUGCAUCCUCAUCUGAUGAGCGCUACUGCACUUGUUUUGGCUACAACUUGUGGCGUCACCCACAGCGCUUCCUGCCUUCUCGUUGCUGUCACACUCUUCGCAUUCGCACUGUAGAAGUCCCAGAGACAGAGAGCCUAUGUAGGCACAGAGGCGAAGAGCUAACUAAUUUGUGUUGGCUUAUACCCUCGUUGUAUCGGCGAGAUGGACCAAGUGGUUGGAGCGUGAAUUUACUGACCGGAAGGUCCGGGGUUCGAUCCCGAUCUCUGCCUCUUGACUUCCCCUGUCUAGGCUUGGGCAACCUGGCAGUAUCUCAGCCAUCGUGCUUCCUUCGUGUUACAUGGCGGCUAGGCACCGAAAAUGUGCUACAGCUGAACGAUUGUUGUAUCAUCACUAAUUAUGACAGAACCCUAGUCUUUUUCAUUUGUAAUAACAAUACUCAGUCGGCUGUAACACGCUUUCCGUGCAUAGUUGCUAAGCCAUCCAGAAGGAGCAUGAGGGUUGAGAUGCUGCCUUGA